GGGCGUCACGUGUGCGGUGUCGGUGUGCGUUUGGUUCUAAAUCACUCCAGCUCCUCCAUGGUAACAUUACCGAGGCUGAGCUGAGGAGGGCGGACACCUGCGGCAGAGAGGAUUAUUUUAUAUCUUUGUCCACACAGAUUCAAAAUCCGUGGAAAUGUUCAACAGCAAUUUCAUGGACUUUGAUGAUGAUCCGUUCUUCUCGGAUCCUUUCCGGGCACACAGGGAUCAUAUGAGGCACAUGAUGCGGAGCUUCUCCGAGCCCUACGGUGCACCCUUAAUGCCCAGUAUAAUGGAUGGGAGAAGCCGUGGGCGUGACAUGGCACAGCAUCCUAGCUCAUCCCUGGCGCUGAGAGAUGAACACAGGGACAUGAGCCGGUCAUUGUUGCCCUUUGGUGGUAUUGACAACACGGACAUGAUGAGAAACCCUUUCGGCAUGUUCGACAACAUGAUGGCCAACAUGAGAAACAGGAUGGGGGAGAUGCACAGAAACUCUGAGAACAUGUCCACGGAUUCAAACACCCACUCAUUCAGCUCCUCAUCAGUCAUGACAUAUUCAAAGGUUGGAAAUGAGCCUCCGAAGGUCUUCCAAGCAAGCUCAUCGACACGCCGCGCCCCUGGAGGGGUAAAUACCACAUUGCAUAUCAAGGAGACCCGGCGAGCGCUUAAAGACUCCGAGAGCGGUCUGGAGAAGAUGGCCAUCGGUCACCACAUCCAGGACAGGGGACAUGUUGUUGAGAAGAAGUUCAACAAGAAAACAGGAGAGAAGGAGUUCAACCAGGACUUUCAGAAUAUGGAUGAAUCUGAAGCAUCGUCUUUUGACGAUGAGUGGCAGCAGAAAGUGUCCACGUUUCAGCCCUCUGGCCCCAUGUCUCAACUGAAGGAACCCCAAAUCCGUGGUGUUCACCGGGCAGCCCUCACCAGCUCUGAGCAGGCCCACAGAGACCAAUCAAAGGGCACGACCGAGGAUAAAAGCAAAGUGAAAGACUCAGGAUCAAGAAAGAAGUAAAAAGAUCUGUGUUUAUUAAAGUAUUUUAACCAGUA